AUGGAGGAGGGUGGAGCAUUUUCAUCUUCUCCAAAUACAGCUAUUAAAGCAUGCCGUGGUAGUCUCGAAGGUUAUCCUGUUAGUGGUUCAUCUAUACUAGGAAAAUAUUCACAAGCAGCGAUUGCUGUUGAUAAUGCUAUAUGUUCACGAAUUGGUCGCCAAAUAUUGGAACGUAAUGGUACAGCUGUUGAUGCCAUUAUAGCAGCAGCUAUUUGUAAUGGAGUUAUGAAUCCCCAUUCGAUGGGUAUUGGUGGUGGAUGUGUUAUGGUUAUUUAUUCUAAACAAAAAAAUAAAGCAUAUAGUCUUAUUGGAAGAGAACAAGCACCAUUAGCUGCUAAUUCAACAAUGUUUAUAGGUCAUGAACAUAUGUCUAUGAUUGGUUUAUCUAUUGGUAUACCAGGUGAACUACGAGCUUAUCGUAAAGCAUAUUCUGAAUUUGGAGGAGGUGUUUCAUGGAAAGAACUUUUUCAACCAACAAUUCAAUUAUGUCGAGAAGGAAUUGUGAUUAGUAAAGUACAAGCUACAGCUAUUAAUGAAACAAAAUCUGAUAUUCUUAAAGAUCCAGGAAUGAGAGAAAUUUUUGUUAAAAAUAAUCAAACAAAUGAAUUAUAUGGUGAAGGUGAUACUAUACAACGACUUAAAUUAGCUCGUACACUUGAAAUCAUUGCUGAAAAAGGUGAUGAUGCUUUUUAUACAGGUGAAUUAGCUGAUGUUUGUAUGAUCUUUUUUGAUCGAAAUACAAAACUAUGA